AUGGCGGGCUGCAUCCCCCAGUUCAGCUGGGGAAAUGGGGUGGGAGAGGAGCUCAAGAAGAAGGAGGAGUUGCUGGAAGCAGGAGAGCAAUUCCACGAGGUGGUACAGAACAGCCCUCAGGUCCUGGUCAUGCCCCUUCCAGGCUACUGCACAGCUUGUACCAGAGAAAUCACCAGCAAUCCUCCCUCUGGCUGCAUCCCUGGACAGAUGCUGUGCUGCUUGUGGAGGGGUGAGGCCUGGCCCAUUAAUCUGUACUCAGAGAGGCUGGCAGCUGUUAGUGCUUCAGAUGCUCUUAACAUCUGCAGCUGCAGGACAAGGGAACCAGACAAAGGAGCCUUGCAGGGGGCUGGAAGGACCCUGUGGAGGAGCCACAGUGAAAAUGUGUCAGCCCUGAAGGUCUCAAAGCUUCAGUUUGUUGUGUUUGGAGGUGAGUGGGGACCAGCAGCACAAGGGAUGAGAAGAGCCUGCUGAGCAGCCAUGGAGGGGUUACAGCUGCGGCAGGCACCCUGCAGCCGGAGCAUCCUCAAGCUCACUGCCAUGGAGGUGAAGUGGAUCCACUUUUUGGUUCUCUUCCUCUUCCUGCUGUCCGUGGCCAUGACCGGCUGCUUCCUGUGGCAGUACAGCCUCCCCAAGGCGGAGCCCAAUCCAUCCGUGAUGGAAGCGAGGUCAGAAGCUGUGCAGAUGUGUCCCCGCUAUCCCGAGCCUGUCCCACUGGAGCACCCCCUGCCCAUCCUGAAGGAAGCACUGGAGAAGGUGGAUCAGAUGCUGCGGCAGAGGAUGCACAGCUCGGGGCUGCCGGCCAUGUCAGCCAUCGUCAUCUACAACGACACCGUGCUCUGGACGGGCAACCUGGGCAAGAAGAACGGCUCUGACCCCGCCUCAGGGCUGCCCAAUGAAUACACCAUCUACAGAAUUGCCAGCGUCUCCAAGAUCUUCCCCACCAUUAUGCUGUACAAGAUGUGGGAGGAAGGAAAAGUCACAUCCCUUGACGACCCAUUGGAGCGUUACGCCCAGAACUUUGUUAUUAAGAACCCCCUGGGGAGGCUCAAGGACUCGGAGCAGAGAUACACAGGAGAUGGGCUGGUUUUUUUGGAAAAAGGCUCGAUGCCACUGAAGCCAUCCCCGGUGACCCUGCGCAGAAUGGCCAGUCAGCUCUCAGGUCUGCCCAGGAGGCUGCGAUCCACCAGCCUGCUCUGGAAGGGCAGCACGCAGGAUGCCCUCACGCUGCUCAAAGAUGACAUCCUGGUGGCUGAUCCAGGAACCAGAUGCCACUACAGCAACCUGGCCUUCUCCCUGCUGGCCCACGUGCUGGCCGAGCACGCCGCCGACGGGCAGUACCAGCGCUGGAUCUCGGAGCACAUCCUGGAGCGCCUGGGCAUGGAGGACACCGGCUUCGACAUGACGGCGCCCGUGCGCGCCCAGAUGGCCGUGGGCUUCUACGGCAGCCGGCAGCCGGCCCCGCUCUACGACCUGGGCUGGUACCGGCCCUCUGGGCAGAUGUACUCCACGGCUGCCGACCUGGCCAAGCUGGCCAUGGUGUUCCUGGGCACCUACCACCGCCGGCUGCUGGAGCCCGACACGGUGAAGACGAUGCUGACGCCCCUCUUCAAGUGCUCUGUCGAAUAUUUCGCUAACAAGACAGGCACGCCCUGGGAGAUUAACGAGCAGCUGGGAUACGAUGUCAUCAGGAAGGAUGGGGACCUUGAUGGGUACUCAGCAACCUUCUCCCUCGUCCCCAAGCUCCGCCUGAGCUUCAUCGUGCUGAUGGCAGGGCCCAGACCCCAGGGCGGGGACAUUGUGAGCCAGACUUACGAGUAUCUCAUCCCUGCCAUGGAGACAGCGUUCAGGGAGGCCGACAAAAGCUUGGUUCCUCCUCCAAACCCAAUCCCUUACGUUGGCUACUACACCUAUUCCAACCUGACUUUCUACGAGAUCAAAGUUGGAAUUGGCGGGGUGCUGAUCAUGCAGCAGUUUGGGCCUCACGUGGAGCAGCUGAUCCCCGAAAAGUACCGGACGAUCAAGCUCCACCACCUGGAAGAUCGCGUUUUCCAAGUGGUUUUUGACAAGGAGUUCCCGUGUGUUCUGCACCUGGGCUCUGCCUCCAUCUCGCUGGAGACGCAGAACGGGCAGCUCUUCAACUUCUACCCCUUCGACCGCCAGGGAUUGUCCCCGGGCUUUGACGCGCCGGGGCUGAACACCUACAAUGUGGUGCGUGUCCUGCGCAAGCCCGUGUUCUACAGCUGA